ACGGUCCGGCAUCUGAUGCGGGCUGAUCAACGUCGUGCCAACACCGGCCCAACGAGGGUCACUUGCCAGAACGAGGAGGAGCACUUCGGCAGCAUUCCCAGGAAACCAUGCAGGACUUGCACGGAUUUCAAGACGUGGAUGAAGGUGCAGGGCGGUCAAAAGGGAAGCACAAAGGAUCAAAAGACGGCUACUGCUCCCGAGAAGAAGACCGCAAUGGCGCCACCUGACGGCCGCGUGGCGGCGCCACCGGCGGGCUGUCCUCUCGACAAGGACGAGCUGGGCCGCAGCACGUGGUCACUGCUACACACCACGGCCGCCCACUACCCGGAGACGCCGACUGUCGGCCAGCAGGACGAGAUGCGCCAGUUCGUCGGCCUGCUGGCCCGGCUGUACCCCUGCUCCUACUGCGCCGAGGACUUCCGGAAAGACUUGGCCGAGCACCCGCCGCAGCUGGAGAGCGGCUCCCGGCUGGCCCGCUGGCUCUGCGAGCGACACAACACCGUCAACCGCAAGCUGGGCAAGCCCGAGUUCGACUGUGACCUGGUGCACCAGAGGUGGCGUGAUGGCUGGCAGGAUGGAAGCUGCGGAUAGCUGUUUGCUGUGGGCGUACACCUUACCUCAGGAUCGAGCCAGUGUGAAACUUGAGUCAGGAUACGCUAUGAUCCCCGACAGAACUUGGCGCUUGUUCCCGUGGUCGGUUCUGCCAUGUUCCGUGUGUAUUUGAUUCACGUGAUUUUGUGACACUUGAACAGCACAUAGAGGUUGGCUGCAUACGCCAUUGUGGCAUCCUGGGGAACCGCCCAAUCAUGUGAGGCCACCCAGCUGCCUGGUGUAUGGCAAAGCUUGUUACUUGGUGUGAGCAGCUCUGUUACCGAUUUGGAGGUCUUUUAAUAAGGUGAUGUGACAAUGUGUGUUUUCUGCUGAUGCUACCCAGUUUUGCCAGUAAGUCGGCUGUUCGCAAAUUUGUAAGUUGCAAAAGCCGACCUAUAAUUCAGAUUUUGAUGUUGAAAGACAGCGUUUGGUCGUGGUUCCAGACGAGCCUUCGUACGGUGAUUUUCUGUGGUGAUACUCAUUCCAGUGUAAAUCACUUCCUGCUGUCAGCAGACUACGCGUCCCCACCUCAUCCUCCCUUCCCCACUGCGUCCGAGGGUGUCCCGGAGCGCCCGGUCCGGCUGUGACCCCCUGACCUCGCGUCCCCCGCCCCUUUCCCUACUGGUCCGACGCCGGGUAGGUCUUGGCACCGCCGGCGUCGGCCACGAGCCGUAUGAGGGGAAGACAAUACAUGCA